AAAAAAUAGAACGAUAGCUUCUCCAAUAGCAGCACUAAUCCAACACACUGCUCUGCAUCGUAUCACAUAACCAGUAUUUUUGCAAUAUCAUUAAAUAUCAAUGGCAACUGUAGGUGUGCGAGAAAUUCGUCCUCCCACGGUUGCUCCAACCUCCGAACCACCACCUCUUUUUGAUGGAACUACCAGGCUAUACAUGAGUUAUUCAUGCCCGUUUGCACAACGUGUAUGGAUCACUAGGAACCAUAAGGGACUGCAAGAUAAGAUCAAAUUGGUUGCUAUUGAUCUUCAGAACAAGCCUGGUUGGUAUAAAGAGAAGGUCCACCCGGAAAAUAAAGUGCCAUCUCUCGAACAUGAUGGCAAGGUUUUGGCAGAAAGUAUUGACUUGAUCAAAUAUGUAGAUGCAAAUUUUGAAGGGCCAUCACUACUACCUAAUGACCCAACCAAGAAGGAAUUUGGCGAGGAGUUAAUAAAAUAUGUUGAUACUUUUAACAAAGAUGUAUUUAGUUCUUUCAAAGGCGAUCCUGUCACGCAAACAAGUGCUUCAUUUGAAUACCUGGAGAAUGCUCUUGGUAAAUUUGAUGGGCCAUUCUUCACUGGUGAAUUUAGUUUGGUGGAUAUUGCCUAUAUUCCAUUCAUUGAAAGGUUCCAAAUCGUCUUCUCAGAAUUGUAUAAGCAUGAUAUUACAUCUGGAAGGCCUAAAUUAGCCGCAUGGAUUGAGGAGCUGAACAAUAACAAUGCUUAUAAGCAAACAAAACUUGCUGACCCACAAGAAUUCGUUGCCUUUGUCAAAAAGUUCUUCUUGGGACAAUAGCUAGCAUCAGAUGCAAUUGUUUAUGAAAAAAACUAGUCUAUAAAUGAGAGGUGUAUACGUUAUGUGGACUGUGGAGUGCUCGAAAUUGUACCACUACAACUUAUAAUAAUGUUUGCCAACUUGAGUAUGAAUUUGUAAUAAUGUUCCUGUACCAGCAUGUAUUGUAUUGUGUAAUCUUAUAAUAUGAAAUCAAAAAUAAAUAUAUGAUUGAUGUUGUAUAUGUAUGUAAACCCAUGGUUGCAAAAAUAAAGAAUUUGAAAAAGGAAAGUUUCGAAAUUAUCAUUCA